CUCUGCCUCUCACUCUCAUAUACAUGAUUUCUGCAUCCCAUUAUGCAGGCCACACACCACUGGUAUGAAAUUCACGAACCUCCUCCCUCGCACGUCCGAAACAUGCCUUCUCAUCGAACAUCUCGAAAUUCUCCCCAACCGUAAACAUGGAAUCACAGAUGAUGACCUCGCCUCCGUUCUACCCAAUUGUCCUAACAUCGAGACAGCUAUUCUGACCGGAGUUCCCGACUUGACUGAUCGCACAGUAAUCAUCCUCGUCCGUGCCGCGAACAACCUGAAGGAACUUGAUGUGUCGGGUUGUCAACAGGUUUCGAACGUCACUAUCUUCGAGUUAGCUUCUCAGGCCACAGCGCUUGAAAGUAUCAAGCUCAAUAACGUCCCAUCCAUAACGGAUCCCUCUAUUUCCGCAUUGACAUUAUCUCUGGCUCAUUUAUCUGUGUUGGAGUUGUGUAAUUCGCCUUUCCUAACUGCAUCUUCUGCCAGAGACAUUUGGACUUUCGCUAGAAAGUUGAAGAAACUCAGGCUGGCGAGAUGUUCUCAGCUGACGGACAAAGGCUUUCCUUCGGUCUCUUCAUCUCAUGGAGAGGUAGACACAGGUAUUCGCUCUGCGAAAGCUGCGAAGGCGAAGACGAACGUAUUCCAAGAAGACAUCAUUCCCAAUUCAUCUUCCUCGGAUUACUUUCAUCUUUCAGAAGUACAUCCUCGACCAACUAGCUGGCUUGACAUCCUCCCGCCGCUCAGCCUCCCGCCACACCAUAUUCUUCGAGACCUUCGACAUCUUGAUUUAAGCUACUGCUACAAACUUACCGACAACGCUAUUGCUGGUGCCGUCGCUCAUGCUCCCAAGAUCCAGUACCUCAACCUUACAGGUUGUGUGGAGAUGACGGAUAAAAGUCUGGAGAGUAUAUCAAAAUUAGGACAGUCCCUAGAUGUGGUCUCGUUGGGACAUGUCGAAAGCGUGACGGAUAAAGGUGUAGUGACUUUUGCAAGAGCAUGUCCGAGGUUGAAGUCCAUAGAUCUUUCAUUUUGCUCGAACUUGACAGAUAUGUCUGUCCUUGAAAUCGGCACUCUCACGCACCUGCGCCGCCUUUCCCUCGUAGGACUUCAUGCACUCACUGACAACGCUCUUCUCUUCCUCGCGGAACACACUCCGACUUUGAUGCGUCUCCACGUCUCUCAGUGUAAUCAACUUUCGCUAGAAGCUGUACAUACAUUAAUAUCCAGGCUUACCAACUUGGAGCACCUCAGUGCUUCUGGGCUACCUUCGUUGAGGAGGUUGGGCGUAAAAAGAUUCUCUGAAUCUGCUCCUUCGGGAUACGAUAGAAGGUUGCAAGGGCCGUAUCGCGUAUUCAUCGGAGGUAAAAUUUUAGAACUUCGGCUCUUUCUUGACAAGGAACUGCGACGGCGGAGGGAAGCAGAACGCAGGAAUAUCAUCUUUACUCCCAGAAGUGACGAUAGCGAAGAUUUGUACUGACAGCCCUAGUGACAAGCGGGAUUCCUAGCUCAUGAUAUCGAAGGCAUUUGCUCGUUGGAG